GGGCGCUUCACCGCGCACUGGCGGGUGCCGCUGCUGACGGCCGGCGCCCCGGCGCUGGGCUUCGGGGCCAAGGACGAGUACGCGCUGACCACCCGCGCGGGGCCCAGCCACGCCAAGCUGGGCGACUUGGUGGCGGCGCUGCACCGACGGCUGGGCUGGGAGCGCCAGGCGCUGGUGCUCUACGCCUACCGGCCCGGCGACGACCAGCCCUGCUUCUUUGUGGUGGAAGGGCUGUACGUGCGCCUGCGCGAGCGCCUCAACAUCACCGUGGACCACCUGGAGUUCGCCGAGGGCGACCUCCACCACUACUCCCUGCUGCUGCGGACCGUGAGGCGCAAAGGCCGAGUUAUCUACAUAUGCAGCUCCCCAGAUGCUUUCAGAACUCUGAUGCUUUUGGCCCUGGAAGCCGGCCUGAGUGGGGAGGACUAUGUGUUCUUCCACCUGGACCUCUUUGGACAAAGCCUGCAAGGUGCACACAGCCUUGCCCCCCACAGGCCCUGGGAGAGAGGGGAUGGGCAGGAUGCCAGUGCCCACCAGGCCUUUCAGGCUGCCAAAAUCAUUACGUAUAAAGAGCCGGACAACCCUGAAUACUUGGAAUUCCUGCAGCAGCUAAAACACUUGGCCCAGGAGCAGUUCAACUUCACCUUGGAGGAUGGCCUGGUGAACACCAUCCCGGCAUCCUUCCACGACGGGCUCCUGCUCUAUGUCCAGGCAGUGACGGAGAUCCUGGCACGUGGGGGAGCUUUCACUGACGGGGAGGCCAUCACUCAGCGGAUGUGGAACCGAAGCUUCCAAGGGGUGACAGGUUACUGGAAGAUGGACAGCAAUGGAGAUCGGGAGACGGACUUCUCCCUCUGGGAUAUGCAUCCUGAGACUGGCACUUUCAGGGUGGUUCUGAAUUACAACGGGACCUCCAGAGAGCUGGUGACCGUGCCAGGGCACGAACUGACCUGGCCCCUGGGCCACCCACCUCCUGAUAUCCCCAAAUGUGGUUUUGACAACGAGGACCCAGCUUGCAACCAAGUCCACUUUUCCACCCUGGAAGUGCUGGCUUUGGUGGGCAGCCUCUCCCUGCUUAGCAUUCUGACCGUCUCCUUCUUCAUAUACAGGAAGAUGCAGCUGGAGAAGGACCUGGCCUCAGAGCUGUGGCGGGUGCGCUGGGAGGACGUGCAGCCCAGCAGCCUUGACCGGCACCUCCGGAGCGCGGGCAGCCGGCUGACCCUCAGUGGGAGAGGCUCCAAUUACGGCUCCCUCCUGACCACAGAGGGCCAGUUCCAAGUGUUUGCCAAGACGGCAUAUUAUAAGGGCAACCUCGUGGCUGUGAAGCGUGUGAAUCGUAAGCGCAUCGAGCUGACUCGGAAAGUGCUGUUUGAACUGAAGCAUAUGCGAGACGUACAGAAUGAACACCUGACCAGGUUUGUGGGUGCCUGCACUGACCCCCCCAACAUCUGUAUCCUCACAGAGUACUGUCCUCGGGGGAGCUUACAGGACAUUCUGGAGAAUGAGAGCAUCACCUUGGACUGGAUGUUCCGGUACUCGCUUACCAAUGACAUCGUCAAGGGCAUGCUGUUCCUGCACAACGGGGCCAUUUGCUCUCAUGGGAACCUCAAGUCCUCCAACUGUGUGGUGGACGGGCGCUUCGUGCUCAAGAUCACCGACUUUGGGCUGGAGAGCUUCAGGGGCCCGGAACCAGAGCAAGGCCACACCCUCUAUGCCAAAAAGUUGUGGACGGCCCCUGAGCUCCUGCGAAUGGCCUCGCCCCCUGCCCGGGGCUCCCAGGCUGGUGACGUGUACAGCUUUGGGAUCAUCCUUCAGGAGAUCGCCCUAAGGAGUGGGGUCUUCCACGUGGAAGGUUUGGAUCUCAGCCCCAAAGAGAUCGUGGAGCGUGUGAGUCGGGGCGAGCAGCCCCCCUUCCGGCCCUCCCUGGCCCUGCAGAGUCAGCUGGAGGAGCUGGGCCAGCUGAUGCAGCGGUGCUGGGCUGAGGAGCCCCAGGAGCGGCCGCCCUUUCAGCAGAUUCGCCUGAUGCUGCGCAAGUUCAACAGAGAGCACAGCGGCAACAUCUUGGACAACCUGCUGUCCCGCAUGGAACAGUACGCCAACAACCUGGAGGAGCUGGUAGAGGACCGGACCCAGGCCUACCUGGAGGAGAAGCGCAAGGCCGAGGCCCUGCUCUACCAGAUCCUGCCCCACUCAGUGGCUGAGCAGCUCAAGCGUGGGGAGACGGUCCAGGCUGAGGCCUUUGACAGUGUCACCAUCUACUUCAGCGAUAUCGUGGGCUUCACGGCCCUGUCGGCAGAGAGCACACCCAUGCAGGUGGUGACCCUGCUCAAUGACCUGUACACUUGCUUUGAUGCCGUCAUAGACAACUUCGAUGUGUACAAGGUGGAGACCAUUGGCGACGCCUACAUGGUAGUGUCGGGGCUCCCCGUGCGGAAUGGGCUGCUGCACGCCCGCGAGGUGGCCCGCAUGGCCCUGGCGCUGCUGGACGCCGUGCGCUCCUUCCGCAUCCGCCACCGGCCCCAGGAGGAGCUGCGCUUGCGGAUCGGCAUCCACACAGGACCCGUGUGUGCCGGCGUGGUAGGGCUGAAGAUGCCGCGCUACUGCCUCUUUGGCGACACAGUCAACACAGCCUCCAGGAUGGAGUCUAACGGGGAAGCCCUGAAGAUCCACUUGUCUUCUGAGACCAAGGCUGUCCUGGAAGAGUUUGGUGGCUUCGAGCUCGAGCUUCGAGGGGACGUAGAAAUGAAGGGCAAAGGCAAAGUGCGGACCUACUGGCUCCUGGGGGAACGGGGCGCUGGCACUCGAGGCUGACCUGUCCCCCACCUUGGCCUUCCACACCCCCUUCCCUGCACCAGAGGUAACAGAGAGAUGCCAGGUCCCGGCCUCACUCACAGCAGCCCCGCCACUGCCAAAGGAUCAGAGAAGUAGUUUGAACAACCCAAACUUGCUAACCCCAGUGGAGACACCAGAUGUGACCUCUGAUGGACUGGUAUUGGGGAGAACUUGGAGUUCAUGGGACUGGACCAAAGCACACAGUCAUACCCAGUGGCACACACGGACAAGUGCACCCACUCUCCACCCGGACUCAAGCCACGCUGGGGUGUGGACUCCUCCUUGAGACACUGUGGCUUCUAUGGGGAGGGGGAGGAGUCGUCUCAGAGGUAACAGGAGAAGGCACUAUAGACUAGACCACUAUAGACUAGACGAAUCUAGAGGGUGAGGGGAGUCCACAUCUAGGCCCAGCCCACAUGGGCCACAACGCCCCCCAUGCCCUCCCCAGCCUUGGAUACAGUGCACAGGGGAGGGGUCUGCUCCAUAUGCCUUGUUUCUCCUGUGAACAGAGGCCAUUACCAUCUUUAUUCCAGUGAAUGUCUCUGGAAGGACAGCUGGUGGGUGGCCAGAAAACACACCAUGCUCCCGCACUCUACUCCACAUACGAUGCUUCCUGGGCUGGGGAAUGCAGUAUCUGACAAAGCUACGUGCCAGCCUGUGAAUCACCCCAGCAGUGCUGACGCUUUUGGUCUAAGGACCUGUUUACACCCUUAAGAAUUACUGAGGGUCCCAAAGAAUUUUUGUUAAUGUGGAUUCAAUCUAUCCAUAUAUACUCUAUUAGAAAUUAAAGCAAGUCCUUAUUAACUCAUUUAAAUAAUAAACCAAUCACGUUUAUAAAUUUUUA